AGUUAUGUAUUUGUUUACAAAUUGCAAAAACUAGCGAAUUCAGUUAGCACUAAAUUAUUUUUCAUAUCUUACUUAAUUUAUUUAGACGUUCAAGUUAAACGUUCUGGCCAACUUUACAAAUAAACUUGUAUGUCAUGUCAAUGAUACCCUUCUUUCCGUCUUUGCGACCACAAAUUGCCAAUCGCAUAUGGUUCGAAAUUAACACACCUUCCAGCGAAGACGAUGUUUUACGCUAUGAACGAGAACAUGAUAACUGGAAGGAAUCUAUUAAAAAUGCUGCGAGUGAUAUCCCGCCACUGGGUAAAGUAUUAACAAAGCCGGGACCAGAAACUGAUGACGAAGAUGCCAACGAUGACAGCGAUGAUUCGGAUACUCAUGACGAUGAUGAUGAUACAAAUGACAGAGCCAUCCCUGGUCAACCUGAGCAUUCGGCACUUUAUUCGCCGGGUGAUGAUAUUAACCCUAUGAAUGAAGAUGCCAUACCAACAACGGCUGAUACAUUGUGAAUCUUUAGCAUUGGCUUUGUCUAGUUUUACGACGAAUAAUGAAAAAAACUGCACUAGUAUUAAAUAAAUAGAGUGGUAUUUCCGCGA